AUGGAAUUAUCAGAGCAUCUGCUCCGAUUGCCAGAGGAUCCUAUGUUCAGGACAAACUGCUGUACUUUCUUGUUGAACCUGGAUGCCAGUACUGAGCAUCGAGAGGUGAAGCAGGCAGAGCAGAUGACCAUGCUAGAUGGGAGGAGGCAGACCAGAAGCGAGCCUGAGGAAGAUGUGAAUGAUUUCCUGAUGUUCAAAAAAAAAUAUAUUGAAGAUGUGUUUGUGACUAUCCGUAAAAACAUUGUUCUGUUGGCUAAGGAGGCCGGAGUGGAAAAAUUCAUCCAUGUGUCCCAUCUGAACGCUGACAUCAAGAGUCCCUCCAGAUACCUGAGGAACAAGGCAAUUGGAGAAGAGGCAGUGCGGGAGGUCCUCCCGGAAGCAAUUAUCGUUAAACCCUCAGAAAUAUACGGUCGGGAGGACAAGUUCCUGAACUAUUAUGCAAACUUGCGCUGGUUUGGUGGAGUGCCGUUAAUGGCUUAUGGCAAGAAGACGGUAAAACAACCUGUUUAUGUAGCAGAUAUUGCCCGAGCUAUAGUAAACAUUGCCAAAGAUCCUGACUCAAUGGGAAAGACCUAUGCUUUAGCUGGACCUAACCGAUAUCUCCUCCACGACAUGGUGCGCUAUAUCUACUCUGUCACUCACAGACCUUUGUUCCUGUAUCCAUUACCUCGCCCUAUCUACCACUCGUUGGCAAGGUUUUUUGAACUGAAUCCAUUUGACCAAUGGACAUCAAGGGACAAAGUGGAUCGAUUCCACACUACAGACAAGAAAUUCCCUGAUCUACCAGGCCUAGAAGACCUUGAUAUCACUCCCACUUCACUUGAGCAGAAAGCCAUUGAGGUCCUGCGCCGUCACCGUAAAUACCGCUGGUUGGAUGCUGAUUUGGAUGUGACAAAGCCGGCCACACCUGUGAACUAUUAACAUCCUCUGCUGCCCAUUUUAGAAUUUGUGCCAGCUGUUCUUCAUGUGGUGUGUAAAGUCUGAUUGAUUGCACCUGAUAUGUAUAUAAAUAAAAUAUUAUAUAGAGAAAAAAAAAA